CCACUUCUUCCCCUCGCCGCGCUCAACUCCACUCAGUCCUCUCGCGCUUCCCUCUGCCUCCUCGACCCGAUCCCACCCCCACCGCCAGCAUCCUCCGCCGCCGCGCAGCGAUGGCGGGCCGCGCCCCUUACUUCGCCGCGGAAGAAGGCGCCCGGGGCAUCAGGCCAGGGGAGUCACCUGCCGCCGCGCUCCGGCGGAUCCUGGCGUCUCCGGGCGCGCACCAGGCGCCCUGCUGCUUCGACGCGCUCGGCGCCCGCCUCGUCGAGCGCGCGGGGUUCCCGAUCUGCUUCAUGGGCGGUUUCUGUGUUUCCGCCGCACGGCUUGGAUUGCCAGAUGUUGGUCUAAUCUCCUAUGGAGAAAUGGUUGAUCAAGGUCGUCUAAUCACUGAAGCAGUAUCAGUCCCAGUGAUUGGCGACGGAGACAAUGGUUACGGAAAUUCUAUGAACAUCAAGAGAACCAUAAAAGGAUAUAUUAACGCUGGGUUGGCUGGAAUUAUGCUUGAAGAUCAGGUCGCGCCAAAAGCAUGUGGGCACACUGAAGGAAGGAAAGUCAUCUCAAGGGAGGAAGCGGUCAUGCACAUAAAAGCUGCUAUAGACGCUAGGAAGGAGAGUGCCUCUGACAUUGUUAUUGUAGCGAGGACAGAUUCUCGUCAAGCAGUUUCUCUUGAUGAAGCAUUAUGGAGAGUAGAAGCUUUCGCUGAUGCUGGAGCAGAUGUUCUAUUUAUUGAUGCCCUAGCUUCAGUAGAAGAGAUGAAAGCGUUCUGUGCGGUUGCACCUGGAGUACCAAAGAUGGCAAACAUGUUAGAAGGUGGUGGAAAAACUCCCAUAUUGACCCCUGCUGAACUUGAGGAGAUCGGUUUUAGCCUUGUAGUCUACCCGUUAUCCCUAAUUGGGGUAGCAAUGCGUGCAAUGGAGGAUGCUCUACUCGCGAUAAAAUCUGGUGGUGUACCCCCACCUAGCAGCCUGCCAUCAUUUCAGCAGAUCAAGGAUACUCUAGGGUUCAACCGCUAUUACGAGGAAGACAAACAGUAUAGUGUCUCGCAAACCCAGCCAUCGUUGCCAAGUGGUAAGCCAUAAAUUAAAAGGUUUUUGCUCGGCACUCAGGAUGCAGAUGGAAAUGGUACUCGGGUGUCCAUCGAAUAAUCAGUACCCAUUUGCUUUUAAAGCAGUGAGAUUAAUACUGCUGGCAGUGAUGUAGAGCAAUUGCAUCGCAUCUUGAAGCAAACAGUUUUACCAAAACUGUUGCUGUGUGGUGAAACGCUAUGUAAACAAACAUUCUGUUUUGGCUUUGACAACCCUGAAUCCUGGUGUUAAUUUCAAUGAAUAAACGAACUUUGAGGGAGUUCAGAAA